CAAAUACAUAACCUCAAUCCUUUUUGUGAAAUAUAAAUAUAACCAUGGAAGUUAUUAUUAAAGGUUUUAGAAUAUUUAAGUUGUCAACUGAAUCUUUACUUACUUCUACAAGUUCUAGAAUUAGUAAUUACUAUAGACAGUAUGCCACUCCACCCAAACGAUUUUAUAAAAAUACUGGAAUAUUACGUAGUGAUGGUAAAUUUGAGAUCACCCUUGAUCAAAGAAAGUUAAAAACACCAAAGGGAAAUAUUUUUGCAGUUGAAAGUGAAGCUUUAGCUUUAGCAGUAGCAACAGAAUGGAAUUCUCAAAAAGACAAAAUUGUUAGAAGUAAAAUGCAUCUGACAACUCUGUGUAAUACCACCAUGGACAAUCCUAAUAACUUGACAAAAUAUGAUAUUGCCAAUUAUAUUGUAAAUUACUUGGACACUGAUACUGUCCUAUUCCAGGCUAAUGAAGAUGAAGAGUUAUUUAGGUUUCAAGUUCAAGAAUGGGAUCCAAUUAUCCAAUGGUUCAAUGAAAAGUAUGGAGUGCAUUUAAAGAAAUCAGUUCAAAUGGAUAUACCAACAGCUAAUGAAAAGGAUAAGACGCAAUUUCUCAAACAUUUAAUGUCCCAUAACUUUGCCGCGGUUAAUGGAUUCAUGUAUGGGGUAGAUACACUAAAAUCAGUAGUUUUAACCAUGGCUUCCACGGAGAGAUUUAUAAGCCCAGAGAAAGCAGUAUUACUGUCGCGGUUAGAAGAAGAAUACCAGAGUGGUCGUUGGGGACGAGUUGAAUGGGCUCACGAUUUGAGUCAACAGGAUCUACAAGCUAGACUGUCUGCCGUUGUUCUAUAUGUUUACUUUAAUUCUCAAAAUAACUCGAUACAAUCGAAACAAAUAAAUUCUUAAUAAAAAUUUAA